AUGCACCCCAAGAUGUUUGCCUGCCUGCUGCUGGCCACCCUCGUAGCCACUGGCCUAUCUGGAUCCAUGCCCACAUCCCGCCAGGUGGACAGCCGAACAAAUUAUCACAGGACGGCCGAGCCAGAACCGGAGAGGACACAGAGGCUCAUCCGACGGCAGUGGCCCGAAGGGCUUUCUUUGGACCAGAAGCAUCUGAUCUCCCAGUUCCUGCCCCACAUUUAUGCUGCAGAGCUUUCAGGGAAGGAGAAUUCUGUACAGAUGGAUGAUGGCUUCCGCAGCCAUAAUGAUCCCAGCUGGCUGGACUUUGGACGCCGAAGCUUAAAGGAUGUGAAUGAAGAUGCCUAA